AUGGCCCCGAUAUACUGGGAUUCACUACACCAUGUGCGAGCGGAGGAACAGCCGCUAGAGGCGGGGCUAUACAAGGGAACUAGUGACCGAGGAGGAGGAGUGACGGCGCCCUUUCCUCUCGAGUUCCAUGGUCUACCUCUCCAUCUUUCGCCCCGCUUCGUACCCAGGACCGGAUCCCUCUUCUUCGCGUUUCUCGAGUGCACCAGCGUCUCAUCCUUCAUCGACACUGCGUGUCUCUUCGCCUUUCUUCGAUCCUCUCUACAUUUCAGAGCCCAGUCUCUCGCCCUCUCCCGGCCCUUUGUCCUCUGUACCCUCCGUUCUUCAUCCAGCAAGAUGUUCGGCAAAUUCCUUACCCCUGCCUCCCUUCUCGUCGGCCUCAGCCUCCUUCACCAGGUACGAGCGCACACCGCGCUUAUCCCCAUGCUUAGCGUCGCCGGUACACCGGAGCGGGACGACGUGCAGCGCCCGAACAAUCGUAACCCUUGCGGGCGAGACGUAGAUGUCACCGCCGCUGCGGUCGAAGGGUCGACGGCAGCCGUGGCGGACGCGACUGGAGCGUUCACGGUCACUGCUACCAACUUCAACCGGAGACGAGAUGGCUCGCGCCAAGUGACUGCCCAAGUCGACCCAACGGCUACCGGGCAGAAUUUCGUCGCAAUGACGGUAACCGUGAACGGUGAUCCCGCACCUCGCCAACUCGGAUCAGAGCAGCUCACUGCCACCCUGCCCGCUGGGAUGACUUGCACGGGUGGAACUGCAGGGAACAAGUGUCUCGUCCAAUUCGUCACCUUGUCUGGCUUCGGAAACUGCGUCGUCGUUGAACAGGCCGCUCAGGACGCUGGUGCUGCAGCCGGUGCCGCUGCUGGAGGUGCCGCUGCCGGGGGUGUUGCUGCCACCGGCGCUGCUACCAACGUCGGCGACAACACCGUCAUUGGAGCCACCGGAGCUGCGAACACCGGCGUCUUGAACAACGGAGGCGAUAACACCGCCCUUCCUAACGCGAACACUGGCGUCGUGAACAACGGUGGGGACAACACCGCUCUUCCAGCCACUGGGACUGCGAACACCGGCGUCACGAACAAUGGUGGCGAUAACACUGCUCUCCCGAACGCUGGAACCGUCAACGCAGGUACCGUCAACACUGAAGGCGACAACACUGCGAUUCCGGCUACUGGGACCGGGAACACUCGCGUCGCGAACACGGGAGCUACCAACGCUGGUACUGCCAACACUGGCGUGGGCAACACGAGGGUUGCGAACGCAGGAGCCGCCAACCGAGGAGCGACAGCUGGAACUGCUAACACCGGAGCUGCUAGGACUGCUAACGUCGCCACCGCGAACACGGGUCGUGUUAGCGGCCCCGCUGCCGCGAACGUUGCGGGAACGCGCGCUCCUCGUGCCGCUCGAGCGCUCGAGCAACGAGCAGGUCGCAAGUCCGACGACGACACCGGUUGCGUGGAGGAGUUCAAACGCAGCCUCCACGAGUGGCUUUGGGCCUGA